CCAACGUAGCGGCUUCCCAAUUGGGUCAGAGGGGCCAGUCGCACCCCCCUCUCCUCUCUUUUUCACUCCACGCAUCUCGGUCUCAUCCGCUUUUCUUCAUUCCAUCCUGAAUGACCGCGACACAACCACACCUACGCGACAACGACCCCCACCAAGAACACGGCUCAGACACCCAGCCACGCGACAACACUGCCACCACAAAGGACAUUCAUAAUCACGCACCCGCAAACAUGUCCGACACCGAGGCCCUGCCUCUCGAGCGGUCCAUCUCCGCACCAGAACCAGGCGAAUAUACAUAUGAGGACGCCCAUUCGACCGACCCUGCCAUCCUCUCCGAGCCUGCGAGCCCCGCAUUGGGCCCCAGUCUGAUGCCCAAUAUCUUUACACAGCUUUCUUUCAGUCUCGACGCAUUUAUCUCGCAGAACCUCGAGGAGGAUCUGACAGAGUUGCCCGUCCUCGCCAACCAGGUUUACCGGAACCUACGCUCAGAUCUCAACAAGACAACACAUCAGUUACGCCACCAUGUCGGGACAACAAAGCGCCAGAUCCGCGACCAGGUCGACAAUACCACCAAUAACCUCAAAUCGCAGAUAGACACGUCCAUGGCGGUCUUCAAGAAGAGCAUGAAGAAAGCGAGUGUCGUACGCUUCAUGGACAAGGUUGCAUUCACCCUGGGGAUGCUUGGGAGCUGUUGCACCCCUUGGCUGGUCGCUCAAUACCCCGAGUGGAUACCUUUUAUCCACACACUUCAGUCCGUGACCCUGAUAGCCGUCCGCUAUAUUUUGUACAAGAAGAAGAGCUGGCACUUUUUCCUGCUCGACAUGUGCUAUUUCGUAAAUGUCGUCGUGAUCAUUUAUCUCUACGUUUUUCCUCAAUCACAGGCCCUCUUUGGAGCGGUCUGGUUGCUGUCGCAUGGACCCCUCGCCUUUGCCAUCGUUACUUGGCGCAACAGUCUUGUCCUACAUAGCUUGGAUAAGGUCACCAGUGUUUUCAUCCACAUGAGUCCACCGAUCACAUUGUACACUGUCCGAUGGCUGUACCCAGAUCCCAACCAUGCUCGUUUUGCAGCAUUGGAGGGCAUGGACGUCUUGCCUACAGCAUCGUCUCUCAAGUCAGCCAUUACGCUCUACCUCGCAUGGCAGAUCGCCUAUUAUGUCUUCGUGGUCGUGAGGCAGAGGGAAAAGAUUGAGGCAGGAAAGCGCGUAACGUCCUACACCUGGCUGCUGAACGAUCCCAAAGGAGGCGCCAUCUCGAAGGCUGCACAUACCUUUGGCGAAAAGUACAGCAUUAUCACUUUUAUGGGCCUCCAAUUGAUUUAUACCUUCGUGACAUGUUUGUUUGCGCUGGUGCUUUAUCGUAACUUUAAGCUCAACACGGGUUUCCUGGUCGGUCUGUUCACCGCCAGUGUCUGGAAUGGCGCGUGCUACUACAUGGAAGUCUUCAGCAAGCAGUACGAGAAGCAACUGAACAAACUUGCAGCGGAAGUUUCCUCUGCCGUGGUAGCGAAUCAACUGGCGCAUGAACACAUCGAAGCGAAGCACCAAGAGCAGCAGGAGCGGGACUUCUUGAAGACGAAAGAAGUCAAGAGCGAGACGGACAAGAAGAACGAUUGAGUCUCCUGCACAAUUGCCGCUGUCCAUUCGUACAAUGGUAUUCAAACUUGAAGAAUAAAGAACUCCAAGCUGGCGCAAACGACGUCAUUCUCCCAACGAUUUAGAUGCGCGGGACCCAAGUCGAAUGUUUGUGGGCGCGGCCGUAGCAAGUGCGCGUGGGAGUAGACGCAGUAAAAAUCAAUUGAAUGCCCGAUAAGGAGCAAAAGACCCAGAACGCUCAUCGCCCUAUUUGCCCUAUU